CUCCAUUUUCUCUUUAUUCACCUUCACAAUUAUAGUAAGAAUGGAAAAGUUUCAUAAAACAGAUUGCAUCGAGCUCUUAUCGGAAAUCAAGCAUCAAGAGAAGCUGCUUAAUCUCAAAAGAAGCUGGUUGAUGGGACUUUCGACUUCCAAGUUGAAAAAGAAGCAAUUUGAGGAACCCAAGUUUUUUAAGUUCAAGACUUUGCCUGAAUCUUUUCUGAGGGAGGAUGACAUGUUCUACGAGACUAUUAAAACUCAUGUUGAAAAUGCAUUCGGAGUAAGCAAUUUCAAAAUAGGAAAUCAUGUAAUUGAAGAUAGCGCCGAAUCAUUUGAUGCACCAAAGAUAAAUGAAGUCCUUUUCUCAAGUCUCGAUGCUUUGACUAAUGAUGGGCUUCAACGAAUUAUUAUGAUACUUUCAGGUGGCUCAGGGAAGUUUGAGAAAACUCGGUGCAAAAUGAAAAAAGUUAUUAGAGAAUGUUUGCCGAGGUUUCUGAGCAGUGAAGAUCAUGAUCACAAGAAGAAGACCGAUAUUAUGCAGCUAUAUAAAAUUCUCAAUGACCCUCGAUAUUUUCGGAGCAGUACUAUGAAAUCAAUGACUCCAACAUCUAAGUGUCUUCAUGCUGUUGCAAUCCAUGUGCUGGAUGGGUUAGAGGAUUUGCCUUUGCAGACCUUGGUUACAAUGGACAGGAAGCUUAGAUGUGUCAAAUCUAUUCCCGAGUUAAAAACUUGUGAAUGCAGUCAGAAACGUAAAGGUUUAAUUCAAAAAGUGAAUAAAACAGCUAGAAAGAUGCUUAUGGAUCUUGAUGAAGUGGAGAAACUACAAGAGCCCUUAGCUAAAGCAUUGGUGGUGGCAGACUUAUCACUAAAGCUAACUACGGGUUGUCAAAAUACCUCCAUAACAGGCUUUCACCAAUUCACGCCAGAAAUAGUAAGCUUGCAGAAUGACAUUGUGAGGGCUAUUUGGACUCUUAAAACGAAGGCUAGAUUCGCAGAGCUGAAAGCCUUAAAACUUUUGUUGGAUCCAAAUGUUGAAAUAGAAACUCGUUCUUUAAGAGGAGCAAUUACAAAUAUGUUAACAGAGUUCCUCUUUGAGUGCAGUGAUAUGGAUACGGUUCCCAAGUCUUUAUUAGAAGCACUUUCUGUUAUUAACAAGGAUUCCCGAUCUUUUCCACAAGGACGCUUUGUAAGAGAUGAAAUUGAAGAAGAGGUUGAAUGUAUACUCACUGUAAGUGCUGAGAUGAAACAAGUCUUUUGGGACUUGCUUCCUGAUCAUGAGUUAGAUGAAGAAUUUGCCGAUGCAUAUGGAGAAGAAUUAGAAGAAAGUGAUGAUAAUAGUUGUAUUGAGGAUACUGGCAAUUAUGGCAAUGAUGGGAAAAUGUUGAACGAGGACUUAGAGAGUUGCAUGUCCUAUUCUGUCACUUCAAUCGACAGAGAUGACGUUAUACAGAAUGUGAAAAUGGAGCCAGAAAUUGCCUCAGGUCAUGAAAAAAGUAGCAAAGAUAUAAACCAACUAAAGAACGUGGUCAAAUCGCUUGCAUCAAAUAACAGAAAUUGUAUUUCAGUUGAGAGAGAUGAGGUUGAACAGAACAUUGGAGUGGAUCCAGAAAAUGCAUCGACCAUUUCAUCUAACUAUCAACUGAGGAACGAAACAUUGCUGACAACAAAACAAGCACUCGUAGAAAUCGAUAUCUUGCAAUCCAAGAAGCAUGUGACGAAGCAAGUUUGGUUGCCCACAAUCUAAUUGGUCGGUUACUGGAAAGGUUUGCUAAGGAGCAGGACAUGGAUUUAGAUUGGAGUGAUAACUUGUAUCUCGGAGGUGAUUCUUCAACUCAACAACAUACACAAG